AUGCCCCUGGAUGAGAUUGUGAGGGAUAUUCCAAUGGCCGAUAUUGAUAUGCAAUUUGCUGAAUCAUCUCACAUUCCUCUGGUCUUAAAGACUACCUCAAAUAUGCAAGAGAAAAAUGCAAAUGAUCAACAGGUAGCGGAAUCUACUAAUGUUGACGUCAUCGAGGAAACAGCAGAAUCAGAGGGUCGCUCUUUUGCAGCAGAAUCGAAUGGUGAUGAUGUCGAACUUUCUGCAAGCUACAAUGUUGAAGUUCAAGCGGAAAACUCAAAUCCAUCACCUGACUUUGAUAUACAUUCUCAGGGUGAAGAUAAUUCCAAGUCCGGAUUUAGGAUAUCCCUUUUCCAAGCUCCUGUAAAAACAAGAGAAUCUGUAAAUCUGGAAGCCGAAGGUGUGCCAUCAAAAGUUUUAAGUGCUUACGACAAUAGUCAGAAAGCCAUAGCGGAUAGAACACAGCCCAUACCAAUUGUGGACACAAUUAGUGAACAUGAAAAAUAUGGCAACAAUGGUGAUAUGUUUGAUGGCAUUUCACGCAGUCUAGUCAAUGGCUAUGAAGCAUUUUCGAAUUUCCUCAAUACCAUAAUACAGAAACCUAAAGAAAUAUUCAAAUCCAUCAACAAAAGUGUAAAUGCCCAAUUGGAUAUUAUUGGAGGCAAACUGGUGGGACUUUAA